CAGGCUAAUUUGCUCAAACUCAUAGCUCAUGAUGAAAAACAGCGAUGCACUGUGUUGAACGUAUUUAACUAGUUAGACUUAAAACUAGUUUCAUGCUGCGGAAUUUUUUUCGAUUAGAUACGGGAUUCAUAUUCUUGUAUAGUGUAAACUGACGUAUAAAAACGAAUCACUUAUAUACACUGGGUCAAAAUAUAUGAAUUUCGUAUAGAAAUAUAAAGAAGAGUUACUUUUUGAGUAUGUAAAACAUUAUCCUACUGUAAUCUUAAUAAAACGGUGACAGGUGCGUGAUGAUGUACUUGCUCGUUUUGUUGUCAAAUUAGUGUUCUAAUUAGGGUUUUAGCAUGGCACAACAAAAUGCACCAGAUGACUGAUACGUUGUCUCCUCAUCUGUUUUGGAAGUAGAAAUACAACUGUUGUAUGGUAUCACCUUAAAAUGACCCAGCAACAAGGAAGAAGUAUAUUGGCUAUGAUACUUAGAAAUUUUAUACAGUCACUAAGACCUAGGAAAAUUCGAGGAGAUCUUGUAGGGACAGAUUAUUUUGGAAAUAAAUAUUUUGAAAUUCCAGCCAAUCCUCAAAUAGGUAAAAGAAAACCAUCAAGAUGGUUUGAACCAAAACUGAAAGAUGAUUUCGAACAAGAAAUACCAGCUGAAUGGGAAGCAUGGUUGAGAGGAAGACGAAAAGUGCCACCAGAUGAAGAAGAAGUUCUUAGGAAUCUUGCUAUUAUGAAGCAGAAGAAAGAGAAUGCUAAAGCAAGUGCAGUAACAGAAACAUCAGGUAAUGAACAAAGCAUGCUAGAAAAAGAGAUAAAGGGAAUGGAAUCAUUUCCAAAGUACACUGAAUAUGAAGUUAUGCCAGGAAAAGAGCAAGGAAAGAAAUAACUGUACAGUUGUUUGUUUUAGCUGUCGUAUGGUCUCAAAUUAACAUAAUGUAAAUAUGAAAAUAAAUCUUAAAUCAUAUUGAA